UUUGCAGCAGCCUACAAAGCCCUGGAAGUGCGAGAUGUGGACCAGGACAGAGUGCAGGACAUCCUCUUUGCCUUCAGGGCUUCCGACGGCAGCCGCAGCAGCAGCAGCAAUAGCAGCACCAGCAGGUCCUGCUCCGGAGAAGGCCUCCCGUCUCCCUGUGCCUUCAUCGCCGCCGUUUCAGGCACCAACGGCAGCACCCUCUGGGAGGAGCCCGUGGCUGAAGACCUCCAGUUCAUGGACUGCUCCUUCCAGUACGGCGGUUCCCAAGGCUGCCUGGUCCUGGGCAAGCCAGCCUCUCUGGCAGCCGUUGACUUGAAGACAGGCAAGACAGUGUGGAGGGUGACAGCCGGGCUGGCAACGAAUGCGACGGUGCUCAGCCCCUUACUGACCGUCCCGGAUGUCGAUGGGGACGGUGUGCCGGACCUCCUGCUCUUUGCUGCAGCCGGUGAAGAGGUUCGGAGUGGCUUCUAUUCCGGAAAGUCCGGUGAGGAGGUUGGAUCCGGCGGAAGCCUGCGUCUGCCAGGGCGGCGGGGACACCUCAUGCAAGUCACCGCGACCGGGGCCCACUACGUGCUAUUCUACACAGCAAACACGCUGUAUGGCUACUCCCUGAAGGAGCUCUACACCAUGGCGUCUGGGUCUGAGGGCCACGGAGAGACCAGCCUGAAGGAGGACCCCCAGUGGCAGACGGCCAUGGACGAGGCCACGCACCGUGUGACCUUGCUCAGCUCCGGAGAGAUCCGCCGUGUGAUGAAGGUGCUGGGGAGGUCGGGGACCGACAUCCUGCUUGUGAGAUCAACCACGCUGGAGCUGCUGGACGGACAGCGCCUGGGCUCCCGGUGGGCCAGUGACGUCAUGCCCCCCAUCCAGAGUGAGCCCGUGCUUGGAUCCUUCGCUCCUGAUGAGGUCGCUAUUGUCGUGGAAAGCAGAGGGGCACCCGGCCGAAAGAAGAUUCUGAUUGUGGAGAGCAGUUCUGGAGACAUUAAGUGGGAGCUGGACCUUCUUUCGGGAGCCGGGGCUCCCACCCCAGCCACGCUGCCCACUGCCGAUCACAGGUCCCUCUUCUUCUUCUGGGGCGACUACCAGCCGGGCAGUAACGGAACAGAAUCAGAAGGGCCCCCCCAGAACCUCUACCUGUUCCACUCCUCUUUCCCCAACAUGAUCCUGUGGAUGAACAACAGCACCGAGGCCAUUGUGGUCUUCCAGGCGGUGCUCUUUGAGCGAAGUCGCCACGCCUGCUACGUGCUCCUGACCGGGCCAGAGACCGGCAGCGGUCCUGGACUGGUGGUGCUGUCCAAACGGAAGCUGAAGGAGGAUAUCGCUGGCAGCCACGUGAUCUGGCUGAACCAAGUGGCCCAGGACACGGAUCAGAACAUCCGGGACCGCUUCCUCCGGAUGCGAUACCACAGCCCCCGGUGAGCGCGCCCCAAGGCCCCCGGCCCAGGCGGAGGGUUCCUGGAGCAGACACAGAGAAGAUGAUGACCGUGGCGGAGGCUUCUGAAGCCACGAGAAGGUCUGGGAGGCAUCCACACCUGGUGGGCGGCUGGCCCCAGGGCCUGUGGGGGCGGAGACGAGUCCCUUUUCCUCAGGCCCCCCGGGCAGAGCUUGGCAGCACCUUCUGGGGGGGGGGGAGGUUCCUGCAGGGUCCUUGACUUCAGGUGACAGGCGAAUACGUGGCCCCUUGGCUGGCACUGGAACCAUCGCAGGAAGAUGUUGCGGAGAGCCAGAUUUCCCAGGGGCCUGGUGCAAGGUCCACGCACACGCCCUGCCCACCCGUUCCUGCAUUCUCCCCCCUGCAUCCCAUCGGCCUCUGCGGAGAGCCAGGCCAGGACCCGUUCUCGGGCCGACAUCUCCUUGCUGGGUGCCUUGUCUCCGGAUCCUGUGGCAGCAAAGUGGAAGACUCAGCGGAGGGAGGGAGGGAGAGAGGAGCAGCCAGCCCCCCCCCCCCCAGUCUGACCAGGCUGCCAGAGGAGUUCUGCGUUGCUUCAUCCUCCUCCUCCUCCUCCUCCGGGGCAGGGCUGAGGCACACCUGGCGGCUUUCUCCUCAACGGUGAAGGAACUUUCUCUUGUUUUGCCCUUGAUUGGUGUGAACUUUGGUCAUAGAUGUCGUCUCCGGAAUUGCUUCCGGGGCAUUCCAGAGCUUGGUCUGACAGUUCCUGUGGUUUCAGUAAACCUUUGAUUGCGAC